AUAAGUGGAGUUUUUUGAAAUUGGGUCGCGCGUGAGAUAAAAUCUCCAGGCUGAUGGAAAUCCACGCUCGAAACGUUCGAGUUUUCUUUCGUAUUCUUUCAACUCGAUCCUCGAUCUUCGACUUCGAUUCGGAUCGAAUCGAAACGGAAAGGGUCGGAGAGUUCGUUUUCCGAUGCGACAGAUUUCCCCGUCCGAAGAAACGAUCGAGAUCGAUCGAUGGAAAAAGCGGUUUCCUUUGCAUUAUCUUAAAAAACGAGCUUGGAGAUACGAAUAUUUCUUUUUUCAUCCGUUAAAUGAUUGUGGUGAAUUAAAUGUUGUAUUCUAUUAUCGAUUAAUUAACCGGGAACAAGUUUUAUCUCGUGUUUGUAUUCGUUUAUGGGGGCAAUGUUCCGCGAGUUUAUCGGGCAGUCAGUAUUAGCUUCAUUCACGAUAGUGCGUUGCAGCUGGAAAACGAACAAAAUAAUAUGUUGCCGUUCAUCGUACACACAUUUGUAACUAACGCCCGUCCAAGUGAACGUUCGCAUUCUGAGAAAGCGCUUACUUAGAAUGUUAUUUAAGGCCGAUGUACUAUGCCCGUAUGUCGUUUCAAAUGCCGAGAAGUCGAAAGCUUGACCCGCAUUGCUCUCUCUUUUCAAUUUCAACAUUUUAAGAUUAUAAUUUCAAUUCGUUUAAGAUUAAUUGAUGGAUCUCAUUAUAAAUUCUAUCGUCGAAAAAAAAAAUGGAACAACAUCCGUUUUCCUUUUGUUUCGUGACACGAGUCAUUAAUUCGCUUUUCGACCUUAGAAUUGAAUAGAAUAAGAGGAUUAUAAUAGAACGUUUAAACAAUUAUUAUAUCGUGGAGAAUCGUGUGUCAUCGUUGGUAUCAUGGUCGAAGUUGCGAUGUUGAAUACAAAUUUUUCAACAAUUGCCGGUUAGAAUUGAUCGGCACUUGUACCAUUUAUCACGAUAAUAAGCGAAAUAAAAAUCGGUACGUAUUUAUGCACAUCCAAGAGAUAUCCAAAAGGUUGAUACCGAUAAGUGGAUCGAACUUUGAACUCUUAUUUAUUGUUGACCAGCAACUCGUUCCACUGAAUAAAACGUCGUUUGAUUCGAUAUAACGAAUUCACAUUGUUGAUAAAACGUCUACUAUUUAGCAUCGUAAAUGAUGCAUUCACUCGAUUUUCAUAUUGUAAUGUGUUAAUCGAAUGUAAUUUGCUUUACGCGAUGGAAUAAUAAUAAUUGACUCGAUAAAUAUUUUAAUAAUGAAAGAAAUAUAACUGUUUCGAUACGUCACGACGUAUACGUGAAAGAAAGUGAAAAGAAUGACAAGCAUGAGGCAGUUCGUUCGCUAUGCGCGUAGACUGGGCCAGAUAUCAGAGAGUGGGACAAAAGUUGUAAACCGGUUCGUGAAAUAUGCGUCUACUCAAGCUCGACACAAAUUCAUAGAGGAUGAAAAUGGGAAAAAAAUUUUCCUUUCUCCGUAUGGGGAUUUCACGCCUUCCGAUAACCUCGUUCAUGAAUACAUAUGGAAGAAUGUCGAGAGGUUCCCUAAUCGCAUUGCAUUGGAAUGUUCGAUAACCGGGAAAAAAUACACGUACGCUGAAGCGAGGGACGCGAGUAAUUAUAUCGCGAGAAGUUUGAAGAAUAUGGGUUUGAAGAAAGGUGACUUGGUGGCCCUAGUAGCGCCCAAUUAUCCGGAAACGAUUUUAGCUGCUGCCGGUGUUUUAGAAGCUGAUCUUGUUCUCACUACCAUGAAUCCUACUUACACAAUCGAGGAAAUGAAGAAACAAAUAAAGGAUUGUGAGGCCAUUGCGAUAAUUACAGUUGCAGAAAUUGCACAUAUUGUACUUGAAGCGAGGAAAAAUACUUCCGCGUCACGAGGACCCUUCGUGGUUAUCGAGGAUGGUAUUAGAUCUAUUCCCGAAGGCAGUGUGCCGUUUAAGGAUCUUAUUACACGAGGUAAAACAUUACCGCCUAUAACGCAUCAUCAAAUGACCUCGAAUGAUCUAGCCAUCUUGCCAUAUUCCAGUGGAACGACUGGCAUGCCGAAAGGUGUCAUGUUGACGCACAAGAAUUUAGUAAGUAACAUGGAAAUGGUGGAAUAUUCGGCGGAAGAAAGAAUGUGGCGACAUACAACCGCCGAUUUUCAAGAGGUACUACCCCUAAUUAUACCCUUCUUCCAUAUUUUCGGAUUGAAUGCCGCGACCCUGCCUCGUCUCCAUAACGGUACAAAAAUAAUUACUCUUCCAAAGUUCACGCCGGAAAUAUUCGUGGACGUUUUAAUGAAACAUAAAAUAACAGGUUUAUUCGCAGUACCAUCUUUGCUCACGUUUAUAAAUAUCUGUCCUUUGCUUAAAAAGGAGAUUUUCGAGAAUACGCAUCACAUUAUCACCGGGGCAACACCAUUAGCGGCGGUGGAUGUAGAGAAAUUUUACGAAAGAUAUCAGAUAAACAGCGAUAACUUGAAAUUCUCUCAAGGAUACGGGAUGACGGAAACUUCACCCGUGAUUUGCUUAGACACGUGGAGUCGAAAAUCAGCAAGUAUCGGACAAAACAUUGCCGGUUGCGAAUUACGAUUAGUCGAUUCAGCAACGAACGAGGAUAUUUCUCUUGCUGGUCAAAAGGGAGAAAUAUGGGCCAGGGGGCCUCAUAUCAUGAAAGGGUAUUUAAACAACGAGAAAGCGACGAGAGAGAUGAUUGUCGAUGGUUGGCUGAAAACUGGGGACGUUGGUUAUUUCGACGACGAGUUUUAUUUCUUCGUCACGGAUAGGAAGAAAGAUUUGAUCAAAGUUAAAGGAUUCCAGGUACCACCAGCCGAAUUGGAAGCUUUGAUAAAAAGACAUCCAAAUGUUAUGGAGGCAGCUGUGAUUGGUAUUCCAAACGAAAGGUUCGGCGAGAUACCUAAAGCUUUCGUAAUUCUCAAGGAAGGUACCAAGGCGACGGAUGACGAUAUCAAAAAUUUCGUAAAAGACAAAGUGUCGGAAUAUAAGCAACUCAGAGGAGGAGUGACAUUUGUUGACAGUAUACCAAAGAACGCAAGCGGAAAAAUUUUACGAAACAAAUUGAGAAACGAGUACAAAUAGUAAAAGUUUAUGCUCAAGAGUGAAGAAGAAAAUUUCACGCUUCGAGGCCUCGAUUUACCAUAGUUCGUACCAUAAUGGAAUCAAUUAUCGAUUAAGAACAGGGUACGAUUAAUCAUUUCUAUAUCGAUUGGCAUAAUGGUAUAUGAGUCAUCCAACUAUUAUAUUGAUGGUAAAAGAUAUGUUAAUAACGUUUAUUCACUUGUUUUGUGUAUAAUAUUGUUAUCUCAUAAGUGCCUUACAAGUAUCUUAUUGAUUACGAUAAUUUUUUAAUAUUUUUACAUUUAUAUAUAUAUAUAUACAUAUCGAUUUUAAAAGAAUGGGUUUAGUAAACAUAUAUAAAUAUAAUGUACUUAUUAGAAUAAUGGGAAUAACGCGGUAAAAACAACGUGAUUACGAAGUGCAUUUUUAAAAUUAUACGUAUAUCUUUUUAUUUUUAAUGUCAUUUAAUAUACGCAAAUAUUAUCGGUUUAUUGUUGUGCAAUAUUUGACAAUGCAAUUAAUUUUUAAGAUUAUUUUUAGAUAUUAAAUUUUAUCGAUUUUUAUAGAACAUUUGUACAAGAAAGUUACAGGGAUUUUAAACUUUUAAACAAUAAAAUCUUUUAUAGUUUUA